AUGCCCCUCUUCCACCGCUCCUCCGUCUCCAGCUCCGACCGCAGCAGUAUCGACGAUCCCAACACCCACCACGGCCACCGAUCCUCCCACCGAUCCUCCGGCUCCCACUCCAGCCGUGGCUCCGCUUCCCCUUCCUCCCGCCACAGCCACAGCCACAGCCAUUCCAUCUUCGGCGGUAGCAACAGCUCCCGCAAACGUGAAGACCCUUCUGUGAGCGCUGCUAAGGAGCAGGUCUCGCGUGCGGAGACUGCCGAGCGCGAGGCUGAUCGCGCCCUUGUGGCUUCGCGUCGUGCCGUGCGUGAGGCUAGAGAACAUGUCAGGAGGUUGGAUGAAGAGGCUAAGAUUGAGGCUCGUGCUGCCAAGAUGAAGCAGGAUCAGGUCAAGUCGAUCACGCAGCGGGCGCGGCCGCUGGGACGGCAUGCGUGA